AUUGCUCUAAAACAGUCUAGCUUUGUCUUUCCAAAGGGCAUAUCUUUUUAUAAUAUCCAUACGCGGGACUACAUGAUUCCAUCAUGGCGGACAAAACCGCUGUAUCAGAGUUGAGACUGAGCGAGGUGAAGCUAGGCCAGCUCCCACGCUGGCUGGCAUCGUGUAGCUUCUCGCCCUUUUCCAUGUGGGGUGCCGUUAUCCGAGGCAAAAACCGGUAUUACCAUAAGUAUGUCAAUGUAAGGAAGACGGGCGUGGCUCCAGUCGGCCAGUUUGUUGCCGUCUGCAUCAUUGUCAGCUACAUUUGGCGAUACAAAGGAGAGAAGCAUCAUCGUCUCAGGAAACAUCACUGGUAACCAUCUGGCUUGAAACCCCUAUGCAGUGUGUGAAUGAUGUGCAGUGAAUCAACGUGUGCGUCUUUUCAACACUUCCAGAAGAAAUGAUCUUAGAUUCAAGAAUACUUAUUAAAUCGAGAUGUUUUUGUUUGCUGUAACGUUUGUUCAUACUCAUUUUCAAUGGCAAAAUUAACUUGUUAUUCCCCCCAUUGUUUGAGGACAUCAGGAUAAGUUCUAGAACUAGUUUGGAGAACCGUUUCCUUUGGGGAAAGAGAGCAUGACCAUUUUCACCAAACUGGUUCAACUGGAGAUUUUCAGGUUACUGCUGGCUAGACUGAAGAGUUCUCACACAUUUUCUGAUCGGCCAUUAAAGCCAGGGUCAGGUUUUUGCAUGAAAUUGAUGAAGACUGUUAAUUUGUGAAAAGUUUGUAGUUUUCCUAAAUGUGUUUCAAUGUCGACCAUCUUUAUAGCUACUGCAUGUAUAUUCAACAAAACAUAAUGUUACCAAGAAGUCUGACCAAGUUUCACCAGAGGAUACCUUUGUCAUCGGUUUGAACACAGGGUAGGCUCUCCAUCAGAACAGUGGACACAUUUUACAACUACAUUUAUAUUUAAUUUGGUCACCAAUGGAUCUAAAAGGUAUAAAAACUUUUAUUAGAUAAAAUGACAAAUGAUCAGCUGAUUAACAUGCAGACUUUAGGGUUCUCCAUGAAUGCAAGUCUGUCGUCGUCGAUAUAAGAGACAGUUUACUGGAAUUUGUCAAAUUAACAGCACAAGAAACGAGGUGCCAGUAGUGUCAAUUUGUUUGCUGAUGCUGUAAAUUCUUGGCAAAAUACACACAUGUGCGUGCCGAUACCACAUUGCGUGUUGGACAUCUGGUGUGUCAACUGACAUUCAGCAUGAAACAAAUUGUAAUAAACUAUUUAAUUUGGAAAA